UUCAGUACUGCCGUGCUAGGUUUCAAAUAUGGGCAAGGUAAAAAUGGCAACCUUUGACGUGACAGCAAUAGCUGCUAAAAACAGAACUGACACCAGCGAGAUAGGAGCCCACACCCGCUAGGACAAGAGCAGCAGGCCUACUUUUCAGCCUGACUCCGGGCCUACUGUAGAUUGAUUCUUCUUAACUCUCACUAACUUUAAUAGUCUUGUCUAAUUAGAUUUUUCCGCUCUUUUAAGCUUUGACACUUCUUGUGUCAGAAAAUGAAUACCAUGGAGAACUUGGAGAAACAGCUGAUUUGUCCCAUAUGCCUGGAAAUGUUUACAAAACCUGUUGUCAUCCUGCCCUGCCAGCACAACCUUUGCAGAAAAUGUGCCAAUGAUGUUUUCCAGGCUUCAAACCCAUACCUUCCAACAAGAAGUGGCUCAGUCACAUCUGGUGGCCGCUUCCGAUGCCCAUCCUGCAGACAUGAGGUGGUUCUGGACAGGCACGGCGUUUAUGGGCUACAGAGGAACCUGCUCGUUGAGAAUAUUAUUGAUAUGUUCAAGCAGGAGUCAAGCAGCACCAAGCCAGCACCGCAGCAAAAGGAAGAAACACCCAUGUGUGAUGUCCACGAGGAGGAAAAGAUCAAUAUUUACUGUGUGACCCACGGUGUGCCCACAUGCUCCAUGUGUAAGGUUUUUGGAGCUCACAAAGACUGUGAGGUGGCACCUAUUAGUAGUGUUUACCAGACAAAGAAGACAGAGCUGAGUGACGGGAUUGCCAUGAUGGUCGGUAACAACGACAGGAUGCAAGGCAUCAUUAGUCAGCUAGAGGAAGCCUGUCGUGCCAUAGAGGAGAAUGGUCGGAGGCAGAAGACUCAGGUGUGCGAGAAGUUCGACCAGCUGUACUCCAUCCUGGAGGAGAGGAAGAGGGAGAUGAGUCAGAAGGUGACGGCUGAACAGGAAGAGAAGGUGAACUACAUCCGGGGCCUGACCAGGAAGUAUGGAGACCAUCUGGAGGAGAGCUGUAAGAUUGUGGAGAUGGGGAUCCAGACCAUGGAGGAGCCGGAGAUGGCCUUAUUCCUGCAGAACACAAAGCCUCUCCUCAAAAAGAUCACAGAGGCCUCCAGCACAGCACACUUGGAUAAAGUUGAGCGUGGCUAUGAGAGUAUGGAUCACUACACCGUUGACUUCAAGAAAGAGGGCAAGGCCCUGCGCAGCAUCGACUUCAUCCAAGAUGAUGAAGACGAGGAUGACGAGGACGAGGAUGGCGAGGCAGGCGCAGAGGAAGGAGAGGGGGCCCAGACUGUUUCCGGAGGCAGCGCCGUCACACCCGCCUCCAUCCAGCCUCCUCCUCCUCCUCCCCCCCAGCAGAUAAACUCCACCCCCAGCUCCACUUCGACCUAGCCACCAGCCCCAGCACCCUAAAACCAGGAGCAGGAUAAGUGUUGCUCCUAGGUGUUGAUUUCAGGUCACUUGUGAUACUUUUUCCUCCCAGGUUGGGGAACAGUGAGACGGAUUUAGAUCUGCGCCAGAGGGAAAGUUGAGUUGCUGAGGUAGAUGUAAAUGAAGAGACAGAAGUUUCUAUUCACUUCCUUCUCUCUUAUUGCGAUUGUGUUAGUGUGCAGCACUGCAUACUGAUUCAUCUUGUAUUUUUUUUCUUAUUAAAAUACAUGUUUUGGUUCUUCCUUUUAAUUUUGGACAACAGAGAGGCCACGAGGGAGUAUUGGUUGUUUCCAGAAUUCAGACACGUUCGUACAUUUUUUAUGUUGCUGACCUUUUCCAACUCGCAGCUUAAACUACAUCAUUAGAGAGCAUGACAAGAGGGCCUCAGGUUUUCCUCCCUGUCGUAUACUUUAUUACUGAUAUACCUUUAUGAGUAGGGUAGCCUGAGUAAAAUCACUGUGACAUUUCAACAUUUCAUACACACAAAAGCCUGUAUUAUGUGUCAUAUUCUUUGUUGUGUAACACAGGUAUAUUUUCCUAUUAGGGACAAAACAUCACAUUUUGCCAUUUUAUGUUGUAUUAUAUUAUAUGUGCCAUUAAAACUGAAUUGUACAAACAA